UCCCUCUCAGUAGAGCCAGCCUAGCCAUGAACCAGCCAAGUUCUCCAUCCUCCAGAUCUGCGUUUAAACUUUUGGAAAACAUCUAAUCACCCUGACCAUGAAGAGACAAAACGUGAGGACCCUUGCCCUCAUCAUCUGUACGUUCACGUAUUUGUUAGUUGGCGCGGCUGUUUUCGAUGCUUUGGAAUCUCAAAAAGAGAAGGCUCAGAAGAUUAAACUGGAUGAAAGAAAACUCGAUCUUAUGGACAAGUACAAUCUGACUAAAGAAAACUUCACUGAACUUGAGGGGGUUGUAUUGCAGCUUAAGCCCCACAAAGGCGGGGUACAGUGGAAAUUUGCUGGGUCUUUUUACUUCGCUAUCACAGUGAUCACGACAAUAGGAUAUGGCCAUGCAGCGCCCAGCACUGAUGGGGGGAAGGUAUUCUGCAUGCUCUAUGCCCUCCUGGGCAUUCCCCUCACCCUGGUCAUGUUCCAAAGUCUGGGUGAACGCAUCAACACCCUGGUGAGGUACCUGCUGCACCGCCUAAAGAAGUGCCUUGGCAUGCGCCGCACGGAGGUGUCCAUGGUCAAUAUGGUGAUCAUCGGUUUCAUCUCCUGCAUGAGCACGCUGUGCGUGGGCGCCCUGGCCUUCUCCCACUUCGAGGGUUGGAGCUUCUUCCAUGCCUACUACUACUGCUUCAUCACUCUGACCACCAUCGGCUUCGGAGACUACGUAGCAUUGCAGAGGGGCGACGCGCUGCAGAACAAGCCGGAGUACGUGGCCUUCAGCUUCAUCUACAUCCUGACGGGCCUCACCGUCAUUGGAGCCUUCCUCAACCUGGUGGUGCUGCGCUUCAUGACCAUGAAUGCAGAGGACGAGAAGCGCGAUGCCGAGCAAAGGGCCCUACUCUCCCGCAACGGCCAGGCGAGCGGCGGACACCCCUGCUGCGCGCCUGACCCGCCCUCCUCCACGGCCUCAGGCUGUGUGGGAGGGGGCGGGAGCGGGGUGGGGGGGGCGGGGCGGGGCCUGCGCAGUGUUUAUGCUGAGGUGCUCCAUUUCCAGUCCAUGUGCUCAUGCCUGUGGUACAAGAGCCGGGAGAAGCUGCAGUACUCCAUCCCCAUGAUCAUCCCACGUGACCUCUCCACCUCAGACACCUACAUGGAGCAGGGUGAGGCCUUCUCCGAUCCCCUCCACUCCAACGGCUGCAUCUGCAGCCUGCAGCAUCACUCCGCCAUAAGCUCUGUGUCCACAGGCCUGCACAGCCUCAACACUUACAGGGGACUCACCAAGCGCCGCAGCUCCAUCUAGGGGCCGGGAGGCCUCUGGCCUUCCACCAGAAACUCACUUUUGUCGAGAAAGUGAGAGGACUCUCACUGUGGCAUUACUUUAAAGGAAAGAUGCCCAGACCCAAGGAGUCUGAAGUUGUUUCACUGCUGUUCCCACUGGUUUUAGUUACUCCAGGACCUCCAUAGAUAAAGGUAUGAAUCAAAGGCACAACUGGUGCACUUGUUUUCAAAGCAGAACAAAAUCUGUGGUACUUUAUAGACAUAGAUUUUGCUUUGCAUCAACCUUUGCCGUAUCUUAGAUUGAUGUUUAAUUUGAAGAGAUAUAAAUAGGACUCUACACUGUGAAAGACUGCAAAAGAACAUUUGACAGACCUAGGGAUUGUGAAUAACAUGAAUUGUGUUCGUGAUGAAAUAACCACAAACUCAGAUUUUGGGAGGCUGAUCUCUACAAAACAAGAAAAAAGGCAUACAGUAGGCUACUCCAAGAUAGUAAAGGGGUACUUCUACAGUACAUGUUGAAAGAUAAAUGUACAG